AUGGCUCAGGGCAUCGGGAGCAUCAACACCGACUACAAGGACUGGGAGUGGAGCACCGAUGCCGGGGAAAGUCCCAGCGUGGAGACGGUGCCGAAGAGCGGAGAGAGCCAAGGAAACGGCCUGAGGGCCACGUCGGCUUUGGGAGCCGUAUUCAUCGUGGUCAACGCCGCCCUCGGGGCUGGGCUGCUCAACUUCCCCGCUGCCUUCAGCAUGGCCGGCGGCGUGGCCGCGGGCAUCGCGCUGCAGAUGUGCAUGUUGAUCUUCAUCAUCGGAGGCUUGGUCAUCCUGGCAUACUGCUCACAGGCCAGCAACGAGCGGACCUACCAGGAGGUCGUGUGGGCCGUCUGCGGGAAGGUCCCUGGCGUGCUGUGCGAAGUGGCCAUUGCUGUCUACACCUUUGGCACCUGCAUCGCUUUCCUCAUCAUCAUCGGAGACCAGGAGGACAAGAUCAUUGCUGCUCUGGUGAUGGAGCCCGAGGAAGCCGGGAGCAGCUGCUGGUACACAGACCGCAAGUUCACCAUCAGCAUCACCGCUUUCCUCCUCAUCCUGCCCCUCUCCAUCCCCAAGGAGAUCGGCUUCCAAAAAUAUGCCAGCUCCCUGAGCGUGAUUGGCACCUGGUACGUCACGGCAGUCAUUAUCAUCAAGUACAUCUGGCCCGACAAGGAGCUGGUGCCUGUAGAGAUCCCCACCAGCCCCUCCACCUGGAUGGCUGUCUUCAACGCCAUGCCCACCAUCUGCUUCGGGUUCCAGUGCCACGUGAGCAGCGUGCCCGUCUUUAACAGCAUGAAGCAGCCAGAGGUGAAGACUUGGGGGGCAGUGGUGACGGCAGCCAUGGUGAUUGCUCUCUUCGUCUACACGGGCACUGGCGUCUGCGGCUUCCUGACCUUUGGAGCCGGUGUGGAGCAGGACGUCUUGCUGUCCUACCCCUCCAACGACAUCCCUGUUGCCCUUGCCCGGGCCUUCAUCAUCCUCUGCGUGCUGACAUCCUACCCCAUCCUGCACUUCUGCGGCCGGGCUGUCUUGGAGGGUCUCUGGCUCCGCUACACCGGGGUGACGGUGGAGGAGGACGUGGUUCGAGAGCGGAGGAGGCGCCUGCUUCAGACCAUCAGCUGGUUCCUCCUGACCCUCCUCCUGGCUCUCUUCAUCCCCGACAUCGGCAAAGUCAUCUCUGUCAUCGGGGGCUUGGCCGCCUGCUUCAUCUUCGUCUUCCCAGGGCUCUGCCUGAUUCAAGCCAAGCUCUCUGAGAUCCAAGAAACCAGGGCAAUCAGCUGGUGGGCCCAGGUCAGCUACGGGGUGUUCAUGGUCACCCUUGGAGCCUUCAUCUUCGGGCAGACCACUGCCAACGCCAUCUUCGUGGAUCUCACAGCCUGA